UAAAUCAAAAAGACCCAUCUUUCUUUAGCACGUUCGGAGUUGGGAAGAUCAAGAUCUGCAGACAUGGCGGACGAAGCAAACAGAGCUGCUUUUAUGGAGAUUCAAGCAAGCAUGAUUGAACUCACUGGGAAGCUGAAGCAGGUGCAGAAUCAGAUGCGAAACAAAGAGGGAGAUAAAAAGCGAGCUUUCUUAACGUUGGAAGAGCUGCGGCCAUUGCCUGAAGAUACAAACACCUACAAGUCAAUAGGAAGAACGUUUGUUCUAGAGCCCAAGGCGGUGCUGCAAGGUGAACAAGAGCAGAAAUUCAAGGACAGUGAGGCUGCCAUUGCUUCUCUACAGACAUCGAAGGAGUACUUGGAGAAGCAGACAGCAGAGGUGGAGAACAACUUGAGGGAGCUGUUGCAGCAAGAACCUGGCAUUGCUAAACAAAUUAUGUCCAUGUCUAUGUAACUUGUUAUCCAAACCUUGAACAAAAAAAGUACACUCAUCACUGAGUUUAGUUCUGCUUUAUCAGCGCUUCUGGGAUUGAAACCAUACAAAUGCCUUCUUUAAUGUUUGUAAGA